AUGCCUCGGUCAUUCUUGGUCAAGAGCAAAAAGGCUCACAGCUACCACCAGCCGAGGUCCAUGGAAGAUGAUUACAGCAAACUCGACACCAUUUUAGCUCAUAUAUGUGCAGACAGCAAGAUUCCCAAAGAGCCGGGAUGUUGCUCGGACGUCCUAACUGCUGAAUCCCGAGGCGGGUUUUCCCCGGAAUCUCACCUGGUGGACAUUGCCGACCUUUCUUCCAAAUCGCCACAGAGCUGCGAUGGGAGUGUGUGUGGUCGGUCCUCGGACGAUGAAGAUUUCUGGAGGCCUCCCUCUCCCUCGGUAUCACCAGCAGAUUCGGAGAAAUCCUUAACACCCUCGGUGGAUGAGACGCACCCUUUCGCUCUGCCUUUCCAGCCAUAUGCGUGGAGCAAUUAUUCUGGGUCUGAAUUCAGGGACCUUGUCCAGCCGAUGUAUCACCACCACCCCGGUGUCCUGGAGCGGAGCGCCACGAUGGGUCUUUACGCGGACAGGGCUCCUGAAACAUCCCUAUUCACCGAGCGGAGUACCGCCGCAGGACAUUACAGCGAUUUCAGCUCACCCGCCAAUCUGUUUCAAAGAGCCACAACUCCCGGAUUGUAUUCGAAUCGCAGCCUACACAGCAAGGUCCCAGAUAUUAAGGCCGAGUCAGAACUACUUUGUACUCGCUUGCUCUUGAAUGGAUCCUACAAAUGCAUCAAAUGUAGUAAGGUAUUCUCCACGCCUCACGGCCUGGAGGUUCAUGUCCGCCGAUCGCACAGCGGGACAAGGCCCUUUGCAUGUGAAAUGUGUGGGAAAACCUUCGGACACGCUGUCAGCCUGGAGCAGCAUAAAGCGGUGCAUUCUCAGGAAAGGAGUUUUGAUUGCAAAAUCUGCGGUAAAAGCUUUAAAAGAUCCUCCACUCUGUCUACCCAUCUGCUCAUACACUCCGACACACGACCGUACCCCUGCCAGUACUGCGGGAAGAGGUUCCACCAAAAAUCGGACAUGAAGAAGCACACAUUCAUUCAUACGGGCGAAAAACCACACACGUGCCAGGUGUGUGGAAAAGCCUUCAGUCAGAGCUCCAAUUUGAUAACUCACAGUCGAAAACACACUGGAUUCAAACCCUUCGGAUGCGACCUCUGCGGUAAAGGAUUCCAAAGAAAAGUGGAUUUGAGAAGACACAAAGAAACGCAGCAUGGACUAAAAUGA